UGAACCCUAGCAAAACCCGACCCAAUCGCAACUAACACAAAUCCUUUUCUUUUUUAGGACUUGAACCAAUUUAGAUUAUUGAAAACGAGACUCUAAGGAGUUUAUGUUAAUCCAUGGAUAUAUCCGAAGCAGAAAAUCUGGAGGAGAAAUUGAGGUCCUUGUCGGUGCAGCUUCAAACAGAGUGUGCCAUUUUUGAAAGAAUUGUUUACAAAAACAAGAACCAGCACAGAAGGAGCUCUUACUUCCAGUAUCUCCUAAAGGUUAGGAGGGAUCUUAGACUGCUUCAAUCGCUUAAAUUGGAGGAGAUUUUACGUUCCUGCUUUCACGUUAUCACUGGAAAGAAACCUAAACAAAAGGUGCAUCUCUUAGAAAGUUUGAAGUGGCGAAAAUGUGAUGGUGGAAAACAUAAUUUUAUGGAGCGACUUCUAGGAGCUGAACGCCUGCUGUCAGAGAUGGUUGAGCCAAUGUUGAGGGCAGCUACUGAGAUAUCUAUAUUGCUCGCCCGUUCUUUCUUUAUGGGGUUUUCUCUGAUGGUUUUGGCACUGCUUGCACGCCUUCGAGUUUUGGUGCAGCAAGAAAAUGAAGGCCUUAAAAUCAAGAAGAUGUUACAUGAUGUUGUUUUGGUAUUCAACACUGUCUCUUCUCUCUCCCAGAAGAAACAAUCUGUAAAAAUUGCCGAGGAAGGAGUUGAGGUGUUUAGAGAAUACUACCCUACUAAUGUGGAAUUUCCCACUCUAGAUUGUGUAUGGAAGACAGAUAAGUUUGUGUUGGUUGAAAGAAUGAGUAAGAGCGACCAUGAAAGGCAAGAUGCAGCUCUUGGAGAUGAUUUGAGCAGAACAUCAACUGUAAAAUAUUCGAGUAUCGAGUCGUUUCUAGGAGAUGAAGAUCCUGGUUUUGAGGUGGUGGCAGCAGACGAUGCCAGUGAAGGUCCUGAGUCUCCUUGCGCUGUUAAGGAAGAUAGAAUCAAUCUGUUGGCAAGCCCGUCCAACGAGAAUGUUAAAACUCCACAGGUUGAAGAUGGUGAGGAAAUGCGAGAGGGUUCAGAUUCUGCCAGAAUUCCCAACAGCAAAGCUCCCGCGGAAGGUGGCUUGCUUGCACCCUCUAGCUCUUCUCAAAGCUCAUUCUCCUUGAAACGGAAGUCUGACUCAAACAAAGUGGCCUUCAUCUCUGUCAAAAGACCUGCAUCCUCAUCAUCAAAUGUAACAGAUAUCAAUCUCAAGGGAGCUGAAGAAGAUACUAAUGACAAAAAAGAUUCAUUUUUUGAUUUGCUCACUGGUGGAAGCCUCAAAGAUAGUCUGUUCUGAUAUGUAUAUUUUUUUAGCAGAGGUUUUGAUGGUCAAGUACUGGGUUGCACUUGAAAAAAAGAAGAAGAAUAGAACACUUAUUUUUUGUAAAGAUUUUUUUAAUUAGGUAUUUGUUAUUCAACUUCC